CCGAUCCGUAGCAGACGACGCGGCGAACGGGAACGUCGACGGUCGUCUGCUGCGUCCUUCCAAUUAGAACCGCUGAUUGGGUUCACGGAACGGGAUUGUCUCCUUAAGUGGUGACGUCACCGUGAGCGGAACGCGACUUCUUGGUUGCUUGUUUUUUUGUGUUUUUUCCUUUGAGCUCUUGGCGUGGCCAUCACGUCGGAGUCUCGUCAACAUCACGGAGGAAAGGAUAAUCGCUACGCAGUUUUUAUACUUCGCUUCUCAGGGCGAACUUACGGAAGCGAAACGACCUGAGCCGAGUUGCCUCAGCGCCAACGUUGGCGACACGGGAUUUCGUCAGAACCCGAAAACGACGACAACAUCAACAAAACAAGGAUGGCCUACUCCGACUUAGCCGUGGUGGUUUUCCGUGAAGACACGCUUCUUGUGCGUGAGGUGUCAUUGGUGUUCUGUGUGCUCCGUUUGUUACGACUUUGAGGACGACCACCAGCACCUCUUCGCAUUUGCUGCACCACUGCAGCCGUUGUGCUUCGACGCUCGAAGAAAAACGUGGCCACGCCUUGGCUCUUUUGCGCAAGACUUGAAACAGGAUGCCUUCCUGGGGAUCUGGUUGUUUAAGGAGCUCCCAGAAACACCAACGCGAGGACGUGGCCUACCGACGUCGAACCGAGGCCCUGGAAGAUGUCUCGCUGACACUAACGAAGAGGCUCAGCUUCAUCAACGAGGACAAGCGCGGCUCCUCGACAGUGGAACUAGUCAAGAGAGAAGGAUCUACGUUGGGCCUCAUACUAUCCGGUGGGAUCGAUAAGGGCAGCCGUCCGAAAGUCGAGUCUCUCCGGCCGGGCAGCAUAGCACACAGGUGCGAUGCCCUGGCUGUCGGUGACCACAUUGUAGCCGUGAACGGAAUCCGGACCAGCAAGCUCAAGCAUGACGAGAUUGUUAACUUGCUCAAAAACGCCGGUGACAAAGUCGUGCUUGACGUUGAGUAUGAGAUUCCGAGCACAGCUGCGGAGAUGUCCAUGUGCGUCUGUCCCAAGGUGAUCCAAGUCAAGCUGGAGAAGGAGAACGGCAGCUUCGGCUUCCUCAUUCGCGGCGGCAACUGCCCCGAAAAGCUCAAGUGCCGUCCGCUGACUAUCACCCACGUGCGACCAGGAGGCCCUGCCGACAGGGAAGGCACAAUUAAGGCAGGAGACCGGCUGCUGGCAGUUGACAACAUCAACCUCAACAAUGCUUCCCUUAAUGAAGCCAUGGCUGUCCUGAAGCAGGUUGAGAAGCAAGCACUGCUUACCAUAGAGUAUGAUGUCUCGGUUAUGGAUGCUGUACGGAAUGCGUCGGGGCCUCUGCUUGUGGAAAUUGACAAGACACCAGGAGCCCAGCUCGGAGCGACGUUGACUCAAGUUCCACAUGGUGAAGGAGCAAUAGUUUUUGACAGCAUUAAACAAGCAAGUGUGGCUGAGAGGUGCGGUGCCCUCCACGUGGGCGACCAGCUCUUGGCCAUCGAUGGGACGCGCGUGGACCAGAUGACAGCGGCAGAGGCCAUGCAGCUCCUGAAAAUGGCCGUCGGAGAUGUCAUCAGACUGGAGAUCCUGCCCAUCAGCCAGAUGGCACUCAGGAAAUGCCCCAGCACCCAGUCGAAAAGGAGUGGGGCUCCCCCGCCUCCUCCGCAUAGUUAUGCCUCGAGCUACGACACCCUCUCGUCCAUGGGGGGUCACUCGAACCGGUCAGCAGCAGCGGCAGCAGCGGGACGCUGCCCUCUGCCGCCGCUCCCUCCUCCGCAAGUGCCCUCCACCCCAUCUUCAUCGCGGAGGGGAAAGCCCAGCAGAAAGCACCUCCCGGAAUACCUCUCCAGCUCUUCAAACGCGUCCAUUUCAUCCGUGUACGGGGUUCCCCCUUGUCUGGUCGGACCGAGCCAGCUGAGCCACACAGAGACCACCCAGGUAGUCAUUUAUGCCGACCACAAGGGAUUUGGCUUCGCCCUGCAGGGCCCCACCCCUUACUCCGCCGAUCCGCUGCCACCUGUUCCGACAAUCAGUAGCAUCGACCCAAGGGGACCAGCUGAGAGGACGGGAGUCGUGCAAGUUGGGGAUAGGGUUCUCUCUGUCAACGGGCAGACAACUGAAGGCCUUUCACUCGAGGAAGUCACCCAGCUAAUCCAACAGUCCCGACCACGUGUAGCCCUAGACAUCGAAUUUGAUGUUGCAGAAUCGGUCAUCCCAAGCAGCGGGACCUUCACUGUAAAGCUGGCGAAAAAGGGCCCCGGGCUUGGAAUCACUAUCACAUCCCCCAAGAACAGGCAACCCGGUGAGCCCCUCCUGAUAUCGGACAUCAAGCACGGCAGCGUGGCGCAUCGCACGGGCACCCUCCAACCCGGAGAUCACCUCCUUGCCAUUGACUCGGUCCGCAUGGACAACUGCACCAUUGAAGAUGCCGCCCAAAUCCUGCAGGCUUCCGAGGAGGUCGUCAAGUUGCGGAUACGCAAGGACGAAGCCUUCUGCGAGGAACCAGACGCAACGGGAGCCGUGAUCUUCACUGUGGAGUUGGCCAGACACGGUGGGCCGCUGGGCAUCACCAUAUCGGGAACGGAGGAACCUUUCGACCCCAUCAUCAUAUCGGGACUCACUGAGGGAGGCCUCGCAGAAAGGACCGGGGCCCUGCAUGUUGGUGACCGAAUCCUUGCCAUCAAUGGUCAAAGCCUGCGUGGAAAGCCCCUCAGCGAGGCGAUUCUUCUGCUUCAAAACUCGGGGGACGUGGUAACACUCAAAAUAUCCAAGUCCCCAAGAAACCAAGGUCUGGACGCACACCGGAUCGAACGGCCCAAAGAGGUGAGCCCGGCGCUUCGCAGAAGCUUGGUGGCAACGCCGACACCAUGUGCCAAAGAGCCUCACCCCCCCACGUUUCAGCCCGAGCCCAGCGGCUUCCUGAACCUGUACGCCACCCCUAUCCCAAGCGUCGACAGCGCUGUCGAGUCAUGGGACAGCUAUGGCGGACUUGAGGCUGCUGCGGCUGCAGCUGCGAUUGCCAACGGACCUGCGCCGAUCCAGAAUAAGGUCUUGCCACCUCCGACACCUGAUCUCAGUCGUCGCGAAGCAGAUGUUCCAACAACUGCGGCCCAGCCGUCUUCUCCGCAACAGUCCUGCCCAAACGUUUCUGCUGAGCUCAAGACGUGGGAGAGAGAGGUCUGGGGUCACCGGCCACCACCAAACCUCACUGCUCCUGGCCCAAGCACAGCAAACCCUCAGGCCUUCAUCCAAACAAGCAACCAUUCGGCGGCAUCAGACAGCGGCUCUGCAGACUGGUCAAAGGUUCUCGAAGACCUCGAAACGUGCGGGCAAUCGAAACUGCUACGGCAGAUUGAGCGCAGUAUCAUGGGAAGCCUGCCUUCCAUCGCACCCCUGCCGCACCCAGAUAUGCACCUUCCAAAUCCGGAAAACCUUCAGUAUGACGACCUCUACGGGUUCCAGUCUCGACUUCAGUCCGACGACACAUCGACGGAAUGCGAGUUCCAGGCUGUUGACCACGAGCAAGCGCCAUUCACACUGUCUCCGUACGAAGUACAACAUGACGGACAGCGCCAUGAUGGUUCCGUGACACCUUAUCCCAACUACGGUGGUCGCAUGACCGCGCCCAUUCCCAUUGAGGUGCACAGAGUCACGCUCUUCAAGGACAAAGUCUACGAGGACUUUGGCUUCAGCGUAUCUGAUGGCCUGUAUGAAAAGGGUGUGUAUGUCAACCGGAUCCGACCGGGUGGACCUGCUGACAUGAGUGGAAUACUCAAACCUUUCGACAGGAUCCUACAGGUGAAUGAAACCAAGACGCAUGACUACGACUGCUGCCUGACUGUCCCCCUCAUGGCUUCUGCGGGAGAUGCCGUCGAGCUCAUCGUCAGCCGACCUGCCUACAUCAAUGGCAAUUCGUCGCAUAGAAACUAUGAGCCCUCAUCGUUUCAUCCCUGGAUUGACGACAACGACCGUGAAGACUGUUCGUCACCUCAGGGUUCGCGGCCUGGCUCUCAAAUAUUGACCAAAACCCUAUGAAACGUGCCUCGUCACCGCUGCAGGUUUCACAAUGUGCGAGCGAGAACAAACGGUACAGAUGUGUAACGGGCAGUUGUUUUGGUCCAAAAUCACAAUGAAGGUUGUGAACUAACACGGGUAGAAGAGAACUCAUACACACCACGCGUGUCACAAGGGACGUCGUGCUUGAGAUAAUCAUUUUUGUUUUUCAAGGGUGAAAUGGCUUCUAUUCACAGCUGGUGCAAAUAAUGCUGAAUAAUAUUGUUACAUUUGCAUUUUUAUGUCUUUUUCCAGGUUUAAGUAUGCUAGGGCUACCAUUGUACCAGUCGUUUCACUUUAACCUUAACAGAAUUUUGAAAUGUUGUUCGUUGCAGACAGCACAAUUCUACUCCUUGGAUUACUGAAUUCUACUCCUGCAUUACUUGGCAUUACUUUCAAUGAGAAAUCACCACACUGCUUAAAGGACUAAUGAUAAUUACUGCGAAUUAACAUUGCACAUUGGGACAAGGACAAGAAAUGGUGAUGACAAGUGCUGUAUCAAAUUAAAAAUUUUCCCCAAUUACCUUUAUUCCUACAAUCAACUUCACAUUUUUCGGACUACCUAGGGGUUGUGAAAAAUGAAUACAUGCCUUUUACUGUCCCCAAAGCUCAAAUCUCCACAGACAUGUCCAAAAUAGCUCUGAAAGGCUGCAUUUAUUACAUGUAUCGGUGCUCGUACUGUGACAGGAGACGGCAGGCACACGCCUGUAUAAUUAAGAAAUACAAACUGUGUCCCCUGACAGUUGCCCCUUUCCACGCUUGGUAUGCCUCACCGCAAUACUUCGGAUCGUAACACUGCUGUGUUAAAGCGAAGCUAACUUUCGGAAACCAUCAUUAUGCAAAAAAGAGUCAUCGCCAUUGCUGACAGCAGUGGAUUCUUUCAAUGAAAAGCACCGCAGCGAACAGCAAGAAUCUUGGUAGUGAACGCUUGAUGCUAAGGUCUGAUGCUGAAAUCUGAAGCUAGACACCACCGCAGUGCCUAGCAGCGCCGCGGUGGUGGCUAUGGCUUCCAGCGGAUGUGUGUGUAAGACAAGCCCUGGUUCGAAGUGGAAAUAUAAUCAAAAUGGCGGCAGCGGUGGCUUCGAUUAAUGCCGUUUUGGACCUGCGGUCACGGCAGAAAGUCUGGAAAAUUGGACGGCGAAGGAUUUUCGUGUCCGAGUUUCAGACGUUCUAUAAUAGAUUACUCUAUGUGGUACAUGGCGGUGCCACGAAGGCGUCCAAAUUGUCGAGCAUGUCCGAAAAAUCGGGCGCCCGGAAUAUGGGUCGUUGACUGUAUUCCCUUUAAGGCACAUAUUGCAAUUUACGAACAGAAGUUGAAAAGUCCUCAAAGCACGACAUUUGAUGCAAAUUUUAAAGCUAGCACCAGUAUUGAGAUAAGCACCUUCCCACUUUCAGCAAAGUGUACUGCUGAGCCACCCAAUUUUCUGACAUCAAGGCACUUCGUCACACAAUACUGAUGGCAUAUCGGAAUACUGGCGUCAGCCUCAGAAUGCCUGUCAAGAGUUUAUGCCCUGCAAACUCAUCGACUCCAAUUCAUGAAUUUUCAUAGGCGAGUAAAUGGAAUAAAUAAAUAGUUAAUUAGUGAAACUUGAUUAAUUGGUCUCAAUGUAUUUUCGCAGUUUGCAUACGUAGCAUACACCUCUACGAGUAAUCCAGCUCAGGGAAUAGAAUUGUGCUCAUAAGAGAUUUUAAAGAAUUCUGUUGAGAUUAAAAUAAAACAUCCAUACAUAUAUACACACAGCUGCUUUUGCCUACAUUGAAGCUGUCACUGUGCAUGUUAGAGCUGCAGAUUUUUAUGGACAUGAAGAGAGUGGAGGAUAGCCAUUUUUGGGCCAAAGGAAUCGUCAGACAAUGCAUUUAUGGUAGUGAAAAACUUGUCUUUUGCCAAGAGAAACCUUCAAACCCACUUUUCAAUGUAGUAGUCCAGCAACCAUGUUCAAGCAAAAGAAGAAACUCAGCCAACAGUGUUCAUACCAUGAAAGGUCUUGAAAAGCCACAUCACAUAGCCAAUAACUUAUUUCUGGCGUCUUCAUUACCGUAGCCUCCAACUGUUUCUCGAUAUUGCAGUGUUCUCAUUCUACAUAGUGAUGUAUCCGCACUCAAGGUUUCCUCAAUUUUUUAUUAGCUUGUACAUAAAACAGUAAGCAAUUUUGCUCAGCAUUAAGGAGAAUGGCUAGUCAUUGAAACAUUGAUCUGUGUUUCAAGUUUGAUCACCUAUUUACAUAAAUACAAAGGCAGCAAAGAGAUUAUAUGCUGCUUUCCAGUGUUACAGUAGAAUAUCACCAUGUGUAUGUAGAAACGCCUUGCUCACAUCAGUAUCUUCACCGCAACAACUGAAUGAACAGAGCUGGAAGGUACAAAAAGUGAAUAAACAAAAGCUGAAGGCCUGUUUCAUCAAAUACACAAGGAUGGUUAUUCUGCUUAGUAUUUGUUCAAAGUGCCUUUCAAGCUUGCCUAUCCAAAGGCAAGCGCCUGCCGUGUAAGUUUCUGAAGAGUAAUUCAUGAGCUUUGCUGAUGUACAGUUAUUUGGUUGUCUAGACUUUCAUGAAGCAUGGAAAUAAAGAAUGUGUUCUUUAAAGCAAAAUACAAUGCCAGUCCUGUUGUUUGCUGCCUGUGACACCGUAAGGUGCUAUUGGGUUAUAACUAGAGCACCAUACGCUUAAUGCGGAGAUGUGGGUUUGGCCCCCGCCUAUGGCCAAAGCGUUUUCUUGUUCAGCUUUAUUUUCCUUUAAAUUAUUUCUACAUUUCAAUUAAACAUAACAAUGAGCUUCCCCUGUG